UGGUCCUUUUCCGUUGAUCGCGCUCGCAGCUUAAGCUGUGUAGAAUGUGUAGACAAAAAUAGUACUUAUAACCCCAGAUUUUAAAAUUUUCAAAAGCUCGUUACUUUAUACUUGGAUUAAAAGCCAUUCUCAUUUCCGCAGUCACUGUUUAUCGCUUCUCUUUUACUUUGUUGAUGACAAUUUUCAUAUAAUGACUUCUUUCCCAUUUUGAGACUUCCUCGCAUCCAGUUAGAUCUUUCCCAUUUCAGUUUAGUUUGCUUUGUUCAAGAGCAUUUAUUAGAGAGAGAGAAAUGGCGGUAGCUGCAGCUCGGUUUGGUCGCCAAGCGAAACGCCCGUAUUGGGGUUUCUGUAUAAAGAUGACAGCGGUGGCCGUUAUGGGUCUCUGCUUUAUAUUUGUGUGGACUAUGUUUACGUCUCCUUCGAAUUCAGUGAGUACAAGAAUAGAGAGCUUUGACAAUAUAGAGCAGCCUCCUGGAUCAAGGAGCAAAAGGGUGAGCAGUUCUGGGGCACAAUCUGAGAGGAAGGUAGAGGACGAGAAGAAGGUAAAUGGGUCUGUUGCUUUGGGUGGUCAUGAGGUUAAAUCUGAGGAGAGGGAGAAGAAGGAAGUGGCGAAUACGAAAAAGGAGAGAGUUAAGAAGAAGUUACCAGAGAAGGUGUCGAAAGAGAAACAAUUGAGUAAGGAAGAUGGAGAUGGAGAUGAAGAUGAAGAGCCAGAAGUGGUGGAUGGAAAGGAAGAAGGUUUGGAUGGUGAAGAUGAAGGUGAAGGUGAAGGUGAAGGAAAUGGGAAUGCAGAAGGAGAGGGUGAUUUGAUUGAAGGGGUGGAUCAGCAAUUUGAGGACAAGUUGGAAGAUGAUGGCGGUGAAUCGGAGAAGAGGGGAAACAAGAGAAAUAAGAUUAAGGGUCCGGUGUUUGAUCCGAAAGCACAUUAUCAUUGGAAAUCAUGUAGCACAAGGAGCAAGCAUAAUUACAUUCCUUGUAUUGAUAUAGAAGUUGGCUCUGGAAGGCUGCAGCAAUAUAGGCACACAGAGAGGAGUUGUCCACGAUCACCGCCAAUGUGUCUUGUGCCUCUUCCCCCAGAUGGGUAUGACCCUCCAGUCCAUUGGUCCGAGAGUAAAGAGAAGAUAUUGUAUAAGAAUGUGGAGCAUCCAAAGCUUGCUGCAUUCGUCAAGGAACAUACUUGGGUGAUGGAGUCUGGAGAAUACCUUACUUUUCCUCAAAACCAGUCUGAGAUUAAGGGUGGGGUUCUUCACUAUCUUGAUUCCAUUGAAGAGAUGGUACCAGAUCUCGAAUGGGGAAAGAAUAUCCGUGUAGUGCUGGAUAUCGGAUGUACAGAUUCCGCUUUUGGGGCUUCUCUCCUUGAUAAGGAUGUAUUAACAUUAUCGUUGGGGUUGAAAGAUGACCUAGUUGACCUAGCUCAAGUUUCCCUCGAGCGUGGUUUUCCUACUGUAGUUAGCCCAUUCGGAAACAGAAGGCUAGCUUUCCCUAGUGGUGUUUUUGAUGUUAUUCACUGCGGCGGGUGCACUGUACCUUGGCAUUCAAAUGGGGGUAAGCAUCUUCUAGAGAUGAAUAGGAUUUUAAGGCCCGGGGGAUACUUUAUCUUGUCAACUAAACAUGACAGCUUUGAAGCUGAAGAAGCCGUGAAUACAUUGAUGGUAUCUAUCUGCUGGAAUAUUUUGGCUCAUAAAACUGAUGAAGUCAGUGAUGUGGGCGUCAAAAUAUAUAAGAAGCCGGACUCAAAUGAUUUAUAUACGAUGAGGAGGAAGAAACAUUGGAUACCUUUAUGCAAGGGAAAUGAUAACCCAGAUGCAGCCUGGUAUGUCCCGGUGAAGACUUGUUUGCACACCAUUCCAUCUGGUAUUGAAGAGCGUGGAUCAGAGUGGCCGGAGGAAUGGCCCAACAGGCUCGAAAGAUAUCCGGACUGGUUGAAUGAUAAAGAUAAGUUGAUUGCAGACACCAAGCAUUGGAAAGAUAUUGUUGACAAAUCCUAUCUUAUUGGACUUGGUAUUGACUGGUCAAGCAUUCGAAAUGUAAUGGACAUGAAAGCCAUCUAUGGAGGAUUUGCUGCAGCCCUCUUGCAACAAAAGGUUUGGGUGAUGAAUGUGGUCCCUGUCCAUGCACCUGAUACGCUUCCUUUCAUUUUUGAGCGUGGGCUUGUUGGAACCUACCACGACUGGUGUGAGUCUUUCGGUACUUAUCCAAGAUCAUAUGAUCUUUUGCAUGCUGAUCAUCUGUUUUCACGGCUCAAGAACAGGUGUAAGCAGCCUGCAUCAAUUGUUGUUGAGAUGGAUCGUAUUUUACGGCCAGGAGGUUGGGCCAUCAUACGUGACAAAGUUGAGAUUCUAGAUCCGUUGGAGGGAAUACUCAAGAGUUUGCAUUGGGAUAUAAGAAUGACUUAUGCUCAACAAAAAGAGGGUAUUCUCUGUGCACAGAAAACUACAUGGCGCCCUUGAGAUCUUAAUGCAGCACUGCAUCAGGGAUGGAGCCAGGCUUCAAUUGGGAUGACCGUAUGAGGGAUGGACUCACGUAAUGUGACUUGCUGUUGGAUUUUAUUGUGAAGCCUGGGCUGAUGCCUGAUUUUUCGAGCAAAAUACAUGAACCAAUAUCAUUUUUGUAACAGAAACUUUGGAUGUACCCCUCUUAGAUCUAAAGGACGCAUUAGAUCUAAGGGAUGAGGCUGAUGUUGUGAAUGAGUUCGUUACCGGUAUAGGCAUUAUAUACUUUUUUGUAUCCGUGUUCGUUCCACUUUAUUUGUUGUAUAGAUUGUUCUAAUCUAAUGAUUGAAUUUUUCAUUU